AUGGCCAGCAACAUGGAAGAGGACAUUCUUGAAGAGGAUUUCAAGAUCUUACUAUCCCUAGGUUGUGGCGCGUUCGGGGAGGUGAAGCUGGCCUGCCACCUGCCCACUCAAACACGAGUGGCUGUCAAGGUCCUUGAGAAAACCACCAACAGUGUGGCUGACAUCAGCACUGAAGUGAACAUCCUUCAGUCUGUAGAACACAGGAACAUUGUUCGGUUUUUCCACAUGAUCGACACACUGACAACCACUUACGUGAUCAUGGAGUAUGUGGCAGGAGAAGAUCUGGAGAGCUGCCUCAGGGCACUGGGCUGUCUGAAGGAGGAGGAGGCUCGAGCGAUUUUCCGGCAGGUUGUGUCAGCAGUGCACUUCCUCCACCAGAGACGCAUCGCACACCGAGACAUUAAAUUAGAAAACAUCCUGGUCGAUGCAGCAGGAAAUGCAAAGCUUUGUGACUUUGGUAUGGCAAUUGAAGUCCCAGAGGGGCAGAUGUUGGAGGAGAUCUGUGGCUCCUUGCUCUAUUGGGCCCCAGAGAUCUUGGCAAGGAAACCGUAUGAUGGACUGGCAGGUGACAUGUGGAGCCUGGGCAUCGUCCUGUACACCCUGGUCACGGGGCAUUUUCCAUACGUAGAAACCACCCUGGAAGCUAUGCACAGGCUCAUCACCACCACGAUGUGUCCCAUUCCUUACCAUUUAUCAAAACCAUGCCAUAUUAUAAUUGCAAGAUUACUCAUGGUCCCCACCUGGUACAGAAUGACAAUAUGCCAGCUUGUGGAACGACCAUGGCUGGGCCCCAUUCAAGAGCAUGUGCCACCUGCCACUAAGGAACUCCUUCCCAGGGUCGUGGAGACUAUGUGUACUAUCGGCUAUACCUGUGAAGAGAUUGUUUCUUCCCUAAAGCACAGGGAGCCAAGUAACUUAACAGCCACCAUGAAUAUCAUCAAAUACAAACUGAGCUGUGGAGAUAGCCUUGUGCAAAAUAAGACCUGGUUAAAUGUGACCCAUGCAGCUCCCCUUAGCCUCCCAGUUGCCUUGAAGAGGAGAGCUAGCGAACCAGCUCUUCCUGCUGGGAAGAGUCACUUUCACAAAAAGGGGUUGGGAGAAAGUGUCAAGAGGUGCAGGAGCUGUCCCAUGCUCAGGAGACCCUGCAGCCUGGAGGUGAUGCCGUGCUCAGGUAACGCAGUUCCAGAAAAAGAUGCCUUUGUGGCUGAUGUCAUCAGCUCUGCUCCAGAGAACACUGCAGUCAACAGGAAUUCAGUUGACAGUCUGCCUGGCAAUCUCUGCUACCCGGAAUCAACUCUGGAUGGAACUUUCACGGGGUUUGUGAACAUGGGCUUCACAGAGGAACCAUCCACGGGGCAAGGCAUCCCCAGUGACCAGUCCCAGGUGGCACCCACAACAUCUGGAUCGAGGCCAUUCCGGGGCUGGAAACUGGUGAGGAAGAGAAUUUCCCAGGCACUGAGAGCACUGUGCUGCUGCUGCUGCUGCUGCCUGUCCACACCACGGUGA